CCGGAGGCUGUGCCAGGCGAGCCGGAGGGGUGCUCCACGCUCCCCCGCCCUCCUUCCGGGAGCGAGGAUGCAGACUCUGGAACUGGUGCUGCUGGGCUGAGGUGGAGGCAGGGGAGUUGCAGCGCGCGCCGCUACGCGAGUGUGUCUCCUGCGCGCUGAGAGGCGGGGGGAGGCGGAGGACCGGGAGGCGGAGGAGGAGGAGGGGGAGAAUGCCCGGAGCCGCUGCCGCUGCCGCCGCCGCCGCGAUGCUCCCGGCUCAGGAGGCUGCCAAGCUGUACCACACCAACUAUGUGCGGAACUCGCGGGCCAUCGGCGUGUUGUGGGCCAUCUUCACCAUCUGCUUUGCCAUCGUCAACGUGGUGUGCUUUAUCCAGCCCUACUGGAUCGGCGACGGCGUGGACACCCCGCAAGCCGGCUAUUUCGGGCUCUUCCACUACUGCAUCGGCAACGGCUUCUCCCGGGAGCUGACCUGCAGGGGCAGCUUCACGGACUUCUCCACGCUGCCCUCGGGCGCCUUCAAAGCCGCCUCCUUCUUCAUUGGCCUCUCCAUGAUGCUGAUCAUCGCCUGCAUCGUUUGCUUUACCCUCUUCUUCUUCUGCAACACCGCCACGGUGUACAAGAUCUGUGCCUGGAUGCAGCUCACUUCGGCUGCCUGCCUUGUGCUUGGCUGUAUGAUUUUCCCUGAUGGCUGGGAUUCAGAUGAAGUAAAACGGAUGUGCGGAGAGAAGACAGACAAAUACACUCUUGGGGCAUGCUCAGUUCGCUGGGCAUACAUCCUAGCUAUUAUUGGAAUACUGGACGCCCUGAUCCUCUCCUUUCUAGCAUUUGUGCUUGGUAACCGACAGGACAGCUUGAUGGCAGAGGAACUGAAGGCAGAAAACAAAGUUCUGCUAAGCCAAUAUUCUCUAGAAUGAGCACAAAACAAAUCAAAUAACAGCUAAACAAAUCGAAUAACAGCUUUUGGACAUCAACAUCAAGAAGGAAGAUGCUUGGGAGAGAUCGAAGUCCAGAGACGAAUAUGGACAAAAGUGAAGUCAAAGCACCUUCUGAUUAUAGAUCUGCAGAGAUGGGAGAGAUUUUUCUGGGAAAAGAUAUGCUCAUGGAUUAAACACCAGCUCAUUGGAAACUCAUUAAAUAAGAUCAGAUCACAUUCAUGAAAAAUCAUAUUCAAGAAAUAUUUCAAGGAAGGAAAAUAUAAAUGUGCUAGGAUAAACAUGUAAAAUACAUAUGUACUGGUUUAUAAACUGUCCUUUUUAAAUCAAACUGAAAACAAAAAGCUUUAAUCUUUCAAUACUCUUUUAAAAUAAAUAAAAGGGCAGUUAGUUCUAGAUUAUUCCUAUCUCAAUAGCCAGGAGGCCAAUCAAGUGUCAUUCAUUGAGGAAGCAUCUUAGAAAAUGCCUCUGAUCUUUGGUUCUUCAUCUCGGCUGUUCAUUUAUUUCACUAUGUAGUUACCACCACUUGGUUAUUAAGAGUUGUAACACCUCAAACUUUUUAACAGGUAUAUGUUCAGUUUAAUCUGUCUGUAUGAGUUACUACUGAGGAAGUGUUUCUGAUGUGUAAUAUGACUCCAUCAAACUGUGAAUUACAGGAAGUACAUCUUUAUAUCAUAGGUUCCCAAGAAACAUAGAUUUCCCUGUCUUUCAGGAAACAGCAUCAAGGAACUGAAAAAUAUAGAAAGUUCAUUUUUUACCUUGGAUGCUCUCUUAUGUAAUAUAUAGACUGCUAUCAAAUACACUCUUUUUUCUAAUUCUCCCUAGAUAUGAUAGGAAAUUAAUAUACUUUAUAAGUAGAUAUGUAAAAUAUGAGUUUUCUAUUUCUUUGUCAGACAUAUCAUCAGAAGUUCAUAUCCUUUCAUUUCUUUACUGA